AUGACCAUAAUAGUAAAGCAUAAUUAUAUAUUUUCCUCAUUUUUAACAGGUACAACUAACCCGGCAAAUCCAUCAGGUACGACUAAUCCGACAAAUACACCGGCAUCUCUUGCUACAUGGAAAAUCGCAUUGAUUGCCGUUGGAUCGUUCCUUGGUAUUCUAUUAUUAGGAGGAACGAUUGGUCUAAUUUUAUGGAAAUGGAAUUCUAAGCGAAAAUUUCAAGCCAAAAGUUCACUGGAAUUUCGAUCACCGUUUAAUGAGCAAAUCAUUCGAGAAUCCAUACCGCAAUAUACAAUUACUGAUCUUCGACAAGUAUCAUCAUCACCAUCUUCUCACCGAACAAAAAAACAAUCAUCAAGUUAUCAUGACACUUUUCGACCAACAAUACCACAAAUAACAUCAACGUCGUAUGACUUUUCAAAUGGUCAAGAAGUUCGCCGAAAUCAACAACGAGUACAAUCAUCAAACUAUGAACAAUAUUCUUAUCCAUCAAUAUCUCAACCGAUUUCGAUAUCACAUCAUGUCAAUCAUCAACAUCAAAUACCUCGAGAUCGACGAACACCAUUAUCACCUCUUGAAAAUGAUUAA